AUGGAUUUUCUAGGCGUUGGACAGGACUAUUCUUUUGAUGUUAUCUUCAGCAGUGGGCUAUCCGAUGGGGGUGAGAUAAUUGGCAAAUGGGCUCUGCCCUCACCCAACCAGUGCAGGGAACACUUCAAGACCCAGAACGAUGGAUCGAUGCCUCGAGAGCCAUACCAGCGCUGCUCCCAAGCAGUCUUUGAGGCUUGGCUUAAACCUCGGAUCGAAAAGGAACCGUUGAUUGACUCGUGCUUUGGACUCAGAUUCGAGAAGUUGACCGAAUCCGAAGUUGGAGUUGAAAGUCUUUUGGAAGAUGCCACUACGGGACAGAAGCACAUUGUGCGAAGUCAAUAUGUUGUUGGCUGCGAUGGCGCUGGAAGUCGGGUACGGAAAUCCAUCGGAGGUGUCCUGACUGGCGGGCCAGUGCCAAUGGCAAUGUUCCUGGUACACUUCAAAUCCAGAGACUUGUCUGUAUUGCAGCGGCAAGGCCAGUAUUGGCACAUCUUCUUCUCUAAUGGUGGAGCCAUCAUCAGUCAGGACGAAGAGGAUACCUGGACGGUGCACAUGGCAAUUGGCCUCGAUGUCGAUGCUGAAAAACUGGAUCCCGAAAAGGUAGUGGCAGAAGCGCUUGGAGGCUCAGCAGGUCCUUGCCCGUGCAAGAUUGACAAAGUCCUGGUGAAGAGUACAUGGCGUCCAAAUAUCUGUAUCGUCGACCGCUAUACGUCGGCAGGAGGUCGAGUUUUCCUGACAGGAGAUGCUGCCCAUCAGAACAUUCCGACAGGAGGAUACGGCAUGAAUACGGCGGUUGGAGACAGCUUCGACAUUGGAUGGAAAUUGGCUGCGGUCUGCCAUGGCUUUGGUGGGAGAACCCUCCUGGAGUCAUAUGAACAUGAGCGACGACCGGUGGCUGUUCGCAAUAUCGAGCGUUCUGGCGUUCAUUUUUCCGUGCACCGGCAGUAUAUUGACUGGGUCAGUGAGGCUGGACAUCAUGCCAUCCUAGCAGAUACCGCACAAGGUCGAGCACUACGACGCAAAAUCGAUCAAUUCCUCAGCGAACACGACGGUGAGAACAAAGAACACGGCAUCGAACUCGGUUAUCGCAACAAUCAUUCCCCCGUCGUGGUCCCUGAUACUGAAGUAGAAGAGCCAGAGUGGAGUUUCAGAAGCUACAUUCCAUCAACAUGGCCUGGCUCUCGAGCUCCGCACGUCUUCCUCGCGGAUGGCCAGACGAGCAUCUUUGACCUUUUUGGCCCGGACUUCUCGAUUGUCGAUUUCUCCGAAAGCGGUAGCAUUGCGUCUGCAUUCGGUGACGUGGCUGAUGCACUGAGCUUGCCCCUGAAAAAGAUCCAUCUUCCCAACGAGCCUCAUGUUCGCAAAGUGUGGGAGCGACGGGCGGUCUUGAUUCGGCCCGACGACCAUGUCGCAUGGCGCGCUCCUCUGGAGGACAACGCCGUGAUCAAUCCAGAAGAGAUCCUGAGAGUCGCAGCCGGACUAGGGACUCCACCAAUAAGCAGGAAUCCAACGUGGAAUGGCAAUUCCGAUUCGGUGGAAACUGUCCUGAAGAGGGGCUUCUCAGGCACUGUAGGUAAUGUCGACCAGAACGAUGUACAGGCACUAGCCGCUUUCCAGAAGUGA